AUGCCCCGGUCAAUCAGUACACCAACACGCACAUCCAUAUCCCGCUCAACCACCAGUACAGAUAAAGACACAGACAGUACAUGUAUCCCCCCCCCCACCGUCCCAGCUCUCCCCACAAACAUCCCAACCAACACCCUCACACCCACUCCCGCCCCCGAUCCCAACAACCAAUGCCCACGAAACCCCUGGGAAACAACCGGCGCCAUCACCGCCGCCUCAGCAAAAGGUUUCGGAAAAUUCCUCACGAACUACUACAAAGGCGUGAUCGUGGAUAGUCUACUGGCCGCAAUGGAAGGUCUUUGUACUGUACCACGCCUCUACGGCGAAGAGGUCGAGGAAUAUACUAUCCACGACUGGAAUUCGGGUGCGGCCACUGGUGGGAAGAAUUUUACGACUGGAAUGAGGGACGGGUUCACGGGGGUCUGGACGCAGCCGAUGCAGGUGGCGGCUGCAGAGGAGGGGGCUAUAGGGGUUGCGAAGGGGAUUAUGAAGGGGGCGGUGGGAUUGGUGACGAAGGUUCCGUCAGCUGCGCUAGGGCUAGUUGCAUACCCGGCUCAUGGGAUAUGUAAGAGUAUUCAUACUGCUGUCCGCUCAACCACGAGGAAGCAGAUUGCUGAAGCACAGUUACGAGAGGGAAACUAUUUUGCGCGGGGGAAAUUGGGGCAAGGGGUUGAUCGGAAGCGGGUGAUAUAG